GCCGAGGCCUGGCCCAACUGCUUUUCAAGAAACCGGGGAGGGUCUCCGUCUCCCGAGCCUGACCCAAACUGAAAAGUCUGAAUGAAGACCUCCACCUGAAUAUUGGCUCCAGCGGUGAAGCCACAGAAGCGUGCAAUGUAGUGUAACUAGGAAGUCGCCAGGAUCUUCCGCCAGUGCGCACCGGAAACGUUUCUCAUGAAGCUUCCGGUUGUGCCGGACCUGCCAGUCCGCCUUCUCAAGAUUGGGAGAUGUCCCGCGAUUGGCUAAGGCCUCGCUCGCAAUUUAGACGCUAUCUUCAUCCUGCUCCUGACCCUGUUCCUAACCUUAAGCUGAAGCAAACCUCCUCUCUCCCACCAAACCUGUAGCUAACAGUUGUUUCUAUCCAUUUUGUCUUCUCUAUAGGAGUAGGCAUCUCCCUAAGCUCUCCCCCAGAAUCCGGACUCUGGUUGGUCCCCUUAGGAUGAGGAGCAGGGGGAUCUGAGGAGUCAUUGAAUUCUAGAUCUAGAGCUGGAAGGGACCACAAAGGCCACCCAAUCUAACUGCCAUUUUACAAAUGAAGAAACUGAGGAUAAGUCAGAAAUUUGCCAGCAAUUUGAGGAGCCUUCACUGUCCACUAAAGAGUGCAUGCUGGUUAUUCAGGAAUCUUGCAUUGCUGCUAAGAAGGAAAUUCACAGCAUCACCCAAAAUGGAAAGUGUCCCAGGAGACUACAGCAAGAGGGUCUAUCAAGGUGUCAGAGUGAAACACACAGUCAAGGAUCUGCUAGCAGAAAAAAGGUCCAGACAACCAAGUAAUUCAAGAUUUAAUGGUGGUACCAAUUCCUCUCAGUCUCCGUUUGUCCAGAUGCCAGGUUCACCUGCAACAUCAGGUUACUAUGGUGUAAGAAGAUCUUUUUUAUCGGACUCGGAUUUCCACAACACUAAACCAUUUUCCAAUGACGGCUACCCAUCAACCCUGGCGAAACCCUUUUCCUGUGAAUCCUCAACAGUGCAAAAUUACCCACCGAUCCUGGAAUCCUACUUUCCUGAGCCUUAUGGAGACUAUCGCCCAUCGGCUCUAACCCCCAACACAAGCUCUCUGUUCAGUGGUUCGCCCUUGCCCCCGCCACUCCUGCAGCCACAUUUCUCGAGUGACUCCACGCACUUCGUAUUUAGAGACUCAUGGGAGCAGCCAGUGGCUGACAGCCUCAACCAGCCCGACAUAGGGUCUCCGGAUCCGCUGCAGACACUGGCCAGCAGCACAAAUUGCGUCUCGCCGGAGUCUGGGAGCCCCUCCCAUCACAGAAGCUCCAGCUGGGGGUCCGCCCUCCCUGGGGCUCAGGCCUAUUCCCUGCAUGCCCUGGAAGACCUGCAUUAUAGCCCAGGUUACCCCGCGCCUUCCUCCUACCCUUUCGCCCCGCUGAUGACAGUGACUAGCGACUUCCCUCCCAAGGUGAUUCAGCUCUCUUCCGAAGAGGCCCUGGACACGGCCCCUCUCCAGGAGACUCCGUCCUGGGCAAAGGACGAUGGGAAUGGGGUAUGGGGCUCCUAUGAAUGUCGCAGAGCUUAUUGAAGAAAAAAGGCCUCCAAAUAUGUUUUCAAACAUUGAUCUGUCAGGUCAUUCAAAGACUAAUUUUCAAGGUAUAUAGUCAUUGUAUUUGGGGGGGGGGAGGUAUAAAGAGUCCCAGAAAGUCAGGAGCAGAGGGAUGCUGCUCUAUGGUGAUGCCAAGGCCGGGAGCACUGGCAGGCCACCCACAUGACCUGUGUCAUAAGGCUGCUGGAGCAGGUGAUGGCCUUUUGGGCAUUCCUAAAAGUCUAUUUUCCAAGAAAGGCCUACUGCACAUUGAAUUCUGCUGUAAAACAAAUAGCAUUCCAGCAAAAAUUUACUACUGUAAACUCAGAAACUUAAAAGUGAGGUGUAAAACCAGUUCUUGACACCAAUAUUUUCUUUAAUAGGCAUCAAAGCCAGUACAGAUCAUACAACAUCCUAAUUUUCAUGUGCAAUCUAUUAUAUUACUUAUGAAGUUCAUGUCACUUAAUAUAAAAUAGUGUUGUUUGAAAUUGGCUUUGAACCUAGGUUCCAGUUCUGCCUCUGAUGUUUUUGUGAUCAUCAAGGAGUUACUUAGCCUCUGGGAGCUUCAUUUACAUACUGAAUUAUGGGCCAUCUGAUCUGCCCAAGUGGAAAGGGGCCUCACACCUAAGAUAUCUUUGAAAUUGAGAGUGUGCUUCUAUUAAAAAAAAAAAAGAGGGGGCAGGUAAGUGGCUUGGUGGUUUGAGAUCCAGACCCAGAGAGGGAAGCCCUGGGUUCAAAUCUGACCUCAGACACUUCCCAGCUAUGUGACUCUUAACAAGUUACUUAAUCCCCAUUGCCUAGCCCUUACCACUCUUCUGCCUUGGAACCAAUACACAGUAUUGAUUCUAAGAUAGAAGGUAAACGUUUAAAAAAGAAGACAUCAGAUCUAAGGCAGGAUACCCCAUUUCAAACGGUAGUUUCCAUGCAACAUGGCUUUAAAGGGACAGUUUUAAAGGACCCCUUGGUUCAAGGUGAAUUUUUUAAUGGCUUGGCAACUAUAUUCAGUGUAGUCACAAAUAGAACUGAGCUCUGAAACCCAUCCAGAUGAGAAACCAGACCAGAAGGCUGUUUCCUUGAUUUACAUAAACAUUAGUUAGACUAAAGCAUUGUAGCCCUGAUGGGAGAAAAUAGAGAGACUGAACGUAACAAUGAAAUAGUAAAACAAGAAUCAUGUAAUCAGAAAAGAAUGUUGUUCAGCAGGAGAAAACCCAGAGAACAGAGUUAGGAUGUCAGUGGGACACAACAAAAUGUUUACAUAGGAAAGAGGAUUAGGAGAAUCUGGUGGCCAAAAGGAUACACAAGUACUUUAUUAGAAAGAAUACCUUACCUAUAGCACCAUGACCCAAAGAACAUAGAUCUCUUUAAAGAUUAAAGUGAAGAGAAGGAGCACAAAUGACCUCUACAUAGGAAAGGAGACUUCCUUCCUCCAAGCCAAAUAGGAUUGAGACCCAAUUCUCUUUCCUCUGAACACCUAGGGGAGGGUAUAACUGUCUAUCAGUGCCUCCUUUUACCCCAGCUGGAAGAGAGAAAGGAAUUGGUCUCUCUCUAAACUAGUGAUGGUGAGCCUUUUAGAGACAGAGUAGCAGACCCAGCACCCCCAGACUAUGUGUGUUAUGCCCCCCUUCACAUGCUGGGCAUGCCCUGACCCCACCCUUACCCCACACAGAGGAGAGAGGAAGCAUUCCCAUUGGGCAGCAGGGUGGAGGAGCAGGUGAUGUGAAAAAAUGUCAUCAGGCACACUGGAGAGGGGGAAGGGAACAGCUCUGCCUGAGUCCCCUCUCUCUUUCUAGUAACAAACUCUGGGAAUGGGGAGAUGGGGAGGGAGGGUGGCUGAAUACCUACAGAGAGCACUCUCUGUGCCAUCUUUGGCACCUGUACCAUAAGUUUGCCAUUACUGCUCUAAGCUGUCUAGCUUAUUGAUUCAGGGGUCUUUAGGGAAGGAGCAAUUCCUUGCUCCACUCAAUUCCUUGCCUCCCUCCAGCUAACUCUAGAAAUUGGUUUAUCUGUAGAAAAUUAAUUGCAGCCAUUUACUCAAGCUAUUUACAAUGUAAUCAUGCAGCAGUUUCAUAAUUAUACAUAUUAUUCACAUUGUUAGAAACUGGACUCAAGGUAAAUAAGUGCACAAACUUUGGAAUAGAGGUAGGUUCUCUCCAAUCACUCAAGCAUAUCAAUCAAUCAGCAAGCAUGUACUUACUACUUAUUGUGUACCAGAUACUGUACAAAGUACUAGAAAUACCAAAACAAGUGAAAGGGCUCCUAAUCUCAAAGAAAUUACAAUCCAACUGGCAAAAACACACAAACACCCAUAGAUAGAAAAUAAAUGCAAGGAAAUAGGGGAUGGGGGAGAGAGAAGUCAUUGGAAUUUGGAGGGUAGAGCCAGGAAUCAAAAAGGGCUUCACACAGGAGGCAGAGAGGGCAAACUGAACCUUGAUGGAAACUAGGGAUUCCAAGAGGUAAUGAGGCAAUGGGAGAACAUUACAGGUACUGGGGAUGGUGCUUGAAAAAAGCUUAGAGAUGAAAGAUGGAGUCUGGUGGGUAAGGAACAGUUUAGCUUGACCAUAGUAUCCAUGAAGGAGAGUAAUGUAUAACAAGGCUAAAAGGUUAAGCAGGGGCCAGUUUGUAGAGAUUUUAAACACCAGAAUUUAUAUUUGAUCCUUGAAGAUGGAUGUUGGCACUGGAGUUUAUUCUAAAAGUGUCUCUUAGUUCUAAUGCUUUCCCUCUUUUAAUUAUUUCCUAUUCACCUUGUACCUAGCUUACUUUGUAUAUAUUUGUUUGCAUGUUGUUGUCGUCUCCAUUAGGUUGUAAAAUCCUUGAGGACAGGAACUAUCUUUUGCCUCUUUUUGUAUCCCUACUGCUUAGGACAAUGCUGGGCACAUAAUAGGCAUUUAAUAAAUGUUUAUUGAAUUGAACACAACAUAACUGAGAGAGGUAUCUUGGAAUAGUGAGUCAAGCACUGUUCUUAGAGUCAAGAAGACCUGGGGUUCAAAUUAAACUUUGCUAUUAUAUUAAUUUGACUUUGUGAUCCUGAGCAAGCCUCUAGCCUUUGAGAAUGCUAAACAUCUAAGACUAUUAUAAGUUGCAGAAAAGGUACCACACUCAAUUGGUAGCAAUCAUUUCCUCACAGAGAAAUUCCCUUUUACAAUGAAAUUCUAAGUCCAGGCACCAUCCCUAUAAAAGAACUGACAUCUAAAAGCACCACUUAUUCCUAACCCGGUUCCUUUUUAUGCUCUGGUCCAAUUUGUUUUUUCUGUCUCCAGAACUAGCAUAUAGAAAAUGGAAGCCUAUAGAGCAAAUUCUCAAAGAUUCUAAAAGAGGAGAACAAUCAUGUACAGAUGUUCUGAAUAGUGAAUACUCCUGCAAAAAAAAUUAUAUUUAGCUUUGGAAUGUUUUUGAAUUACAUAUAUUUGAAUCUUAGCUAUAUGUGAUAGGCUUGGAAUUUAUAAAAUUUUACCCCUCUUCCAACCCUGCUCUGAAAAUGUGUUUCAAAAAGUGACUUAAAAGAUGAUGAUGAAAAAGAAAGCUGUCUACCUUCUCUGUCCACCUUCUCAUUCAAGUCCCAUUUUUCUGUUACAAUGGUUCCAAAGCAGAACCUGGAAACCCAAUAAUAUUUGUAUAGUGCUUCUCACAGUGCCUAGCAGAUAGUCAGAGCUAGAAAAAUGCUUAUUUCUUUUCCCUUUCUCCCUUUCCUUAAAGAGGGCCAUAGUCUAAAUCCAAGUCUAAGUGUGAUAAACUGAGUAGAGGAUAGAAAAAAAAAAAGGUCAGAUCCCACUGAUCUGGGAAGUUUGUUUCCAAUACCACCACACCUCUGCCAUUCCACCCAGGGUCAGCCCUGUAAGGCAGUUAUAACCUAAACUCACAGAUACUACACAAUGAACACUGGAAAAAUUCCACCUCUAACUCUUGCCUCCCAAUCCUCCUUUGAUCACUUAGCAGUUAGAAUAAAUGCCACUGAAAGGAUGGGCCACGUACCGGAUGAGAGUACAUGUUGAGUGGGUCAGUGACACUAUUCAAACAAACAUAGAUGGACUAUCACCUAGAUCCAAGAUAUUAUUCAAUUAUCUUUCCUCCCAACCAGGCCAUUUCCCAAACAUCCUUAUUAUUACAAAGGGCACAGUGUAUCUUUCCUAGCACCAAAAGUUGUCACUAUCUCAGUGUCAUCUUGGAUUUCUCAGCCCCACUCACCCUUUAUAUCCAAUUCAUAGCCAAAUCUCAUUAAUUUUCUCUUCCCAUUUUUUCUCCCAUUUUCCCAUUUCUCUUUACCUUUUCUUCACUCAUACAAUCACUACCCCAGUCCAGGGCCUCCUCUCCUCUUUUUUUUUUUUUAAACUCUUACCUCCUACCUUAAAAUCAAUAUGUGUAUUGGUUCCAAGACAGAAGAGUGGUAAGGGCUAGGCAAUGGGGGUUAAUAAUUGGACCAGAGCAUAAAAAGGUACUGGGUAGGAAUAGGUGGUACUUUUAGAUGUCAGUUCUUUUAUAGGGAUAGUACCUGGACUUAGAAUCAUUGAUAAAGGGUUAAGUCCAGGCUUACACAGAUGGGUAGUGUCUUAAGGUCAAAUUUGAACCUAGGACCUCCUGUCUCUAGGCCUAGCUUUUAAUCUACUGAGAUUCUCAGCUACCCCCCUUUCCCAUCUCCUCUUACCUGAACUAUUACAAUGGCCUUUAAUUGGUUGUCUCCCCUCAAUAAUCCAUUUUCCACAGUUGCCAAAAUGUUUUGUUUUGUUUUCUGAAGUACAGCUGUAAUCAUGUCAUUCCUCUGCUCAACUAACCAGUGGCUCUCUAUUGACUCUUGGAGCAAAUAUUUCAUCUUUAUAUCACUCUUUUAAAAGUUUCUAUUUUGUGUAUUUUAAUGGAAAUAAUUAUUAGUAUAGUAAUACAUCUAUAUUAUAAAUCAGUCAAUGUAGAUAUACUGGGAUGAAUGCUCAAAAAUGUUUUACUUGUGCAACAAAAAAAAGUUUGGAGACUAUUGUUCUUUUUGAUGCCAGGAAUGAAUCUAUCCCAAGGACACAAAACAUCAUAAGAAAAAUUAAUCUCCUCUCUCUCUCUCUCUCUCUCUCUCUCUCUCUCUCUCUCUCUCUCUCUCUCUCUCUCUCUCUCCUCCCCCAUCCUUCUCUGUCUGUCUGUCUCUCUCCCUCUCUGUCUCACUCUGUGUCUCUGUCUCUCUUUCCUCCAAUCUUUUGCCUCACACACCUUCCUGGAGAGAAGGGGUUGUAAUUAUUUGUUUCCUCACACACCUUCCUGGAGAGAAGGGGUUGUAAUUACUUGUUUCUGAAUAAAGGGCCUUGCCCUUCUAUUCCAGUUUCUGAUUAGAUUAGAACUACCUUUAGGAUUAAGAGUAAACAGAGAUAAUGAUGUUAAAGUACUAAAAUAAGCAAAUUAAAUGAUGAUGCCAAGUUGAAAGCAAGAUUUGCCCUCACAACGGAUACAGUGUGGAUAAUCCUCCCAUGGAUCAUAGGAGUGACUUUGCUAUACCUCAUUGUAUGUGUUUGUAUUUCUCCACAAUGUUCCACAAUCCCAAAAGAAUGAGAGAAGAAAACCACACCUUUACCUCAUAUGUUUAAUAAAUAACUUUUCAAAGAUUAUUUUGAUUUACUAUUAUCUGAAUGAAUAUGCUAUUGUAGUGAGGGGGAAAGCUAAGAAAAUUCACUGAGAGAACAUACGCCUGAAUUGUUUUUAUUGAUAAUCCAUUUUAAAUAAUGUAUAACUAUGAAUAUUAGUGAAUAAUCUGUAUAAUCCAUGAAAAUGCAUAGCAAAAUAUCUUGUGUUAUGGAAUAAGCCCAGCCAGGUAGCCAUUAAAAAAGUUAAACACCAAAAUGAUGUAUGAAUUGUGACUAUAAAGUAAUGAGACAAUUCACAAGGCACACUAAAAUCUCCCUCAUUAUAGUAAUGAUUUGCAUAGAUUGUGCUUGAAAUUAGACUUUACUCAUUGAUAAUGUUUAUGGCAAUCUGAACAUGAGCCAGAAUGGCCCAGCUACUAUUGAACCCCAAAGAAAGAGCCACAAUUUGUGCCACUUAUAUUAAACUGCCACUGCAAAGGCAAUGCUUUCUUUAAGGCCACUUUAAAAAGUUUUCUUAAGGUU